AUGGCCCCGGUGCUGCUGUGGCUGCUGGCGCUGGUCGCGGGGGGCCCGGCGGGCGCGCAGCCCCCCGCGGCCGCCGCCGCCGAGCCCGCCUGCCCCGUGUGCCUGUGGCGGCGGCACAGCAAGGAGCUGCGGCUGGAGAGCAUCAAGUCGCAGAUCCUGAGCAAGCUGCGGCUGAAGGAAGCGCCCAACAUCACCCGCGAGGUGGUGAACCAGCUGCUGCCCAAGGCGCCGCCGCUCCAGCAGAUCCUCGACCUCCACGACUUCCAGGGCGACUCGCUGCAGCACGACGAGUACCUGGAGGAGGACGAGUACCACGCCACCACCGAGACCGUCAUCAGCAUGGCCCAGGAAACUGACCCCGUGGUGCAGAUCGAGGGCAACCCCCACUGCUGCUUCUUCAACUUCAGCCCCAAGAUCAUGUUCACGAAGGUGGUGAAGGCACAGCUGUGGGUGUACCUGCGGCCGGUGCAGCACACCUCCACCGUCUACCUGCAGAUCCUCCGCCUCAAGCCGGUGACGGAGGAGGGCAGCCGCCACAUCCGCAUCCGCUCGCUCAAGAUUGACCUCAACUCCCGCAUUGGGCACUGGCAGAGCAUCGACUUCAAGCACGUGCUGCAGAACUGGUUCAAGCAGCCGCAGAACAACUGGGGCAUAGAGAUCAACGCCUUCGACCCCAACGGCAACGACCUGGCCGUCACCUCGCUUGGCCCCGGGGCCGAAGGGCUGCACCCCUUCAUGGAGCUGAGGGUGCUGGAGAGCAACAAGCGCUCGCGGAGGAACCUGGGGCUGGACUGCGACGAGCACUCGACCGAGUCGCGCUGCUGCCGCUACCCACUCACCGUCGACUUCGAGGCCUUCGGCUGGGACUGGAUUAUCGCCCCCAAGAGAUACAAAGCCAACUACUGCUCGGGGCAGUGCGAGUACAUGUUCAUGCAGAAGUACCCGCACACCCACCUGGUGCAGCAGGCCAACCCCCGGGGCUCGGCGGGGCCCUGCUGCACCCCCACCAAGAUGUCCCCCAUCAACAUGCUCUACUUCAAUGACAAGCAGCAGAUCAUCUAUGGCAAGAUCCCGGGCAUGGUGGUUGACAGAUGUGGAUGCUCUUAG